UAAUCACAAGACAACGACUACCAAACUCUCAGACUACACCAAACCAAACCAACCCAAACCACCACUCUACCUUUCUUCCUACCACCCCAAAAACCACACACAGAAUGCCUCGCGGAGCUGAAUACGACGACGGUGUCCCCCGCAGCGACAACGCCAUUGAGGCCGGCCAGACCAAGGUCCACGGCACCAACCCUGACAACGACACCCUCAACCGCGCCCAGCGCACCGCCCCCCUCCCCGAAGAAUCCGGCCAGGCCAGCGGCUUCCUCAGCGCCCAGGGCAGCUCCGGCCCCAACAAGUUCGGCAGCGGCAAGGGCGGCCACGAGCCCAAGACCGUCGGCGACAAGAAGGGUCUCGGUGCCCUCCCCGGCCAGUAGGCGCAGAACCGUUUAUGAUUUGCAUUCUGAAAUCCUCCAUUGUAUGGCCUUGAGAGAAAAGGUCAUAUACAUGGGGUGGAUUGGAGUUCGGGGGAUGGUUUUUCAAAUAACUUACGCUUGAUGCGGUUGCAAUGGGGAUAUGUGAUAUCCUCGAUUUUGUAUGAUAUACUUCUUUUUAUGAUGUGGUG